AUUGUGAUUCUCUGCCAAGUUGAGUUACACGUCAGUAGGGAACCGGUACUGGUGAGUGGACGUGUACCGUGCACGUCAGGCGGUUCCCGGAUGCACCAAACAGAAACAUGGAACGGGUAGUGGUGGAAGUGCCGAUCAACAACGGUUUCCCCCUCGCUUGUCCUUCCACAACCCCACGAAAGCGGCAGGUGCGGUUUUCAGCACGCCAUGACAUCAUCCUUCUGCGAGAGGUUAUUGCACAGAAUCCCUUUGCCUCCAAAGAGCCAGGACGGAUUUGGGCACGCGUGGGUGAGAUUAUCACUGCUGCCCUCCAAGAGGAAAACUUUGAGGUGGAUGCCAGGAGAUGUAGGGAGAGAACCAUGCUGCUGCUAGACUACUACAAGAAACAAGACUUUCCCAGCCUACGCAGGUUUGGAACAGAGAGAUUGUAUGCCCAGAAGGAGGAUCUGCUCCAUGAAGUUUUGGAGCUGGAAGCUGAGAAGGGACUCAUAGUCAGCAAUGAUGGCACAAAGUACCAGGAUGAAGAGCGGAGAAAUCGAGUCGCAGAAGAACUAACUCUACCAGAACAGGACAAACCCAACAUCACAAUCCCGCAAACAACCACUGCAGAACAAGAAGAAGAGCGUGAGGAAAUGACAGAGCUGUCAGCAGCACCCACAGCCAAGCGGCCCUGCCAGUGCUGCUGCCAGACCUACUCUGAGAUUCUCAGCUUCUUGGAGAAACGCUCAGAGGCGGAGCAGCGGCUUCGAGAAGAAGAGCUCGCCUUGCGCCGAGAGGAACUGGAGAUUCAGAGAAGUAAGAUCGCUCUGGAGAGAGAACGUCUGGGAGCUGAGAGAAAAGAGAGGGAGCGGAGAUUUGAGCUUGAGAGCCAAGAGAGGCAGGUCAUCUUGGACCUUUUAAAAGAGAAGGUGCUGAAAGGCUGACAAAUUAAAACUUUAUCACCUGCAUUUUGAUGCAUUUCUUUUUAGUAAAUUUGCAGAGGUUGGGAGUGGGAGGGGCAAAGUUAUCCACUAAAAAGAGGAAGGAAUGCAGUGAAACUAGAAAUAAAAGAUUAUGAGCGUCAGAUACUGGUUACCUAGACAAAUGUGUGGAAUUGCUUGAAAAAGUGUUCAGACAUCUUAUUUAUGUGCACUUUCUUUUGUUUUAUAGUCUUAAACUGGUAAAAUUGGCUUUUCCUUAUCAAAGUACACUCAAUCAUUUAUUUUUACAGGACAAAACUGAUAAAAACCACCUGGCCUGUUUCCCCAGACAUAGUAAAACAUAGUGCUGGUAGCAUUAUGAAAUAGGGUCCAUAAAGAAUUUAAAUAUGAAUUUAAUUAUGCAUUUAAAAUGCAUUUUAGGGACUCCAAUUUACUGAAAACAAAGCCAGAUCCACCAGAAAUAUUGGAAUUAAGUUCAGAAAUCCAGGUGUGCGAAGGCUCUGAAUAUUUUUGCACAUAGAUUUGCAUUCAUUCAUUAGAAAUGAGCUAUAAAGCACUGAAAACAGCACAAAGUUUGGAGACUAAAAGCAGCUGCAGAACUGACAUACAGGUAAUGACAGCAUCUAUAACAAUCAGCCGGCACAAACUGCCCCACGCUAAUUAUUAUAAAUGUUAAGAGACUAGCUGAGUUUUAUUUCCCGUGACAGUCUGAAUUAGGUUUUUAUAGCACUGCAGUAGCUGAAAUUAAGUAAUGGAAAGGAUAAAUAGGCGUGGUGUGGCAUCUUAGGUGUGGUGAUCCACUGAGCCAGAACUGGCAGACAGGAUCAUUGUGUAUGUUCUGUUAUAAAAAGUCAAUAAAGCUAGCCUUUUCCUAGAAUGACACCAACAACAUUAUAAGCUCUUUUCAGAGAAUAUAAAAUUGUUUGCAGUGCUAGAAUGGGGAAAAAAAAGCAAACAUAAUAAAUACAUAAUAGCCUGUAUAUUUAGGAAAUUGGGGUUGUGGACCUAAAUGUUUCUUAGCUCUGUAGCAUUUACCCAGAUAAUUACUUUACAUAUGCCUUAUUAAACAUUUUCUAUCUGAAGGCAUUUUAAAAAACAUACAUAAAAAUAAAACUAUAUUUUACUGAACAAAUUGCUGUAUUUUGACUGGUAAGCACUUUUUAAUGCAAAAAUUCACACUAAAACAAGCCAUGAAGUCUUUCACCUUAUUCUUCAGAUUGUAAGAAUUGGGUUUUUUUUGUGUUCUUGAUAAAAAUUACUUUGUAAUAAAAUAUUAAUGAAUUGAUUAAUGAAAAGUUAGCACCCUUUUUGUAAGCAGUUGUUAAAGUUGCUAAUCCCUCGUAGGGAUCGGUCAGCCAUAAAAGUUACAAUAUAAGGUAGAUAUAUGUUCACAAUGCAGCACUUUUUAAAAAACAUUUUCUGCUGAUGUACACAUUGGUGUUUUUUUUAUGAUUACUUUAGUUUACAUGAUAGCACUACUGUGAAAUUAUAUAGAAAACAAACUUGACAUGUUAUUUUUCCUUACAGUGGGUCCCCACAAUGUGUUGUAUAAAAUAUAAGGCAGAUAAACAAAUUGUUUUAACCUAAAAAAGGCAAUGAUGUCUAUUCUGCAAAUAAAACAAAUAGUAAAGAGUGUUCGUGUGGCAGUUUAUAAUCAACAUUGUUUACAUUUACCCCCUCUUAUUCAAGCACAGUAUUUUUUAGAAUCAAAUGUACUACAUGUCAUAGUGCUGUUAUAAAGUGAUUCAUCAUCAUCAUACAUUAAUCUCCUAAAUAUUUAAACUCAUGAGGUGGAACAUCUUAGGUCUUGAAAAAAGGACCUUUUUGUGUGACCUCACAUGGAGCAAGCUACUUUCCCAUUAUAUGCAAGGUUGUGUUUACUAGGAAAUGUUACACAAAUUUGCAGACUGUUUACUAGAUUUGUUGUGUAACUACUAUAGUGAUGAGGGUAGUCACUUUUAGGUAACAUGUUUCUCUGUAUUUCUUCUCAUUUUCCAGAAAUGAAUUCUUUCCUUUGUUUUGCUUAUCAAAAUGGAGCUCAAAUGCAGACCUUGUCAGGAGGCAAUAGCACACACACACACACACACACACACACACACACACACACACACACACACACACACACACACACACACACACACAAACAAGCCAUGGGGAAAUUACUUGUCUAAGACAGUAACUUGUCUGUACAACCUGCACACAUGUACUAAAA